GGGCGUGGCCCGCGCCAACCCGCGCUACCCCGGCGAAGCAGGCCACAGGCGGGGCUGUCGCGGUGCAUUGUGGGCCCAGCUCUCCCGCUCUUACCCCCGCUAGCCUGCAGCCUCUCUCUCUCUGUCCAGCCCGCGCGUCCCCGCAGCAACCUCGCACCCGCCGCCGCCGCCUCCUCCUUCUCCUCCGCACUCUGCUCCCCGCGCGCUCCCGGCCCAGCCCCGCGCGCCGCCGCGCUAUGGCCUCCACCUCCCCCGUGAAGCGGCCCCGCAUGGAGUCGGCACUCGAGCAGCUGCGGCGCUUCACCACCGUCGUGGCCGACACGGGAGACUUCCGCGCCAUCGACGAGUACAAGCCGCAGGACGCCACCACCAACCCGUCGCUGAUCCUGGCCGCGGCGCAGAUGCCGGACUACCAGGACCUGGUGGAAGAGGCCGUGGAGUACGGCAAGAAGCUGGGGGGGUCCCAGGAGGAGCAGAUCCGGAACGCCAGCGACAAGCUCUUCGUGCUCUUCGGGGCCGAGAUCCUGAAGAAGAUUCCUGGCCGCGUCUCCACCGAAGUCGAUGCCAGGCUGUCCUUCGACAAGGAAGAGAUGGUGCGCCGGGCGCUGCGCUUCAUCGAGCUCUACAAGGAGGCCGGCAUCAGCAAGGAGCGCGUCCUCAUCAAGCUGGCCUCCACGUGGGAGGGGAUCCAGGCCGGAAAGAUCCUGGAGGAGCAGCACGGCGUCCACUGCAACAUGACGCUCCUGUUCUCCUUCGCCCAGGCCGUGGCCUGCGCCGAGGCCGGGGUCACCCUCAUCUCCCCCUUCGUGGGCCGCAUCCUGGACUGGCACGUGGCCAACUCGGACAAGAAGGCCUUCGAGCCCCACGAGGACCCAGGCGUCAGGAGCGUCACCAAGAUCUACAACUACUACAAGAAGUUCGGCUACAAGACCAUCGUGAUGGGCGCCUCCUUCCGCAACGUGGGCCAGAUCAAGGCCCUGACGGGCUGCGACUACCUCACCAUCUCGCCCAAGCUGCUGGCGGAGCUGCUCAAGGACGGCUCCAAGCUCAGCCCCGCACUCAGUGCCGAGGAAGCCCAGGCCAGCAGCCUGCAGAAGGUCCACCUGGACGAGGCGGCCUUCCGCUGGGAGCACAACGAGGACCAGAUGGCGGUGGAGAAGCUGUCCGACGGCAUCCGCAAGUUCGCCGCAGACUCUGUGAAGCUGGAGAAGAUGCUGCAGGAGCGGAUGUUCAGUGCGGAAAACGGGCGCUAGAGCCUGUGCGAGCGGAUGGAGCGAUCCUGGCUGGACGACGGCGGCGGCGGGCGCCGAGAGGCUCGACCAGGGGCUGCCCCCUUUUGGUGUCAGAUUGGCCCGGAGCAUUAAAGUGGUCACGUGCC